AUGGACCAUAAAAUCGACACCCUCGCCACCCUCCACAACUGGACCCAAGGCACUCCAUCCCUGUAUCCUUUCACGGGCAUUAUUCAACUGUACCUGGCGGAGGAGAUCUCGGUAGUGACGGCUGUCGGAGAGAUCAGUGCGUUUAUGGAGAAGAGGGGGGAGGGAAUAGAUGAAUGCGUCCACGACCUAUGGGCCAGUAUUCUACACGCAGGGAGAUGUCUACCCUGCACAAAUAUCAUGGUAUCAUCAGCAUCAGCUACUACUGCUGAUAGAAGUAUCACGUCCAACGGUAAUGGUGGUGAGCUGGGAGAAAAAAAGAUGAUAAAGAAAGAGACUAUCGACACAGACAUCUCCCAUCACCAAACACCCACCCCAUCGCAGAAGAAACUGAUUGCCUUGUUGCACGCGAUCAAGAAUAUGCCGGAUGUGCAUGUGCAUAUUCGCGCGAGGACGCAGUCAAGGUAUUCUUAUUCUGCUGCUUCGCAGGUGGGUGGUUCGGGGGCGAGGGAGAGGUAUAGUUCUUAUGGUGGUGGUGGUGGUGUUAAUGGGGAUAUUACUGAGAAGAAUGAGAAUGAGAAUGACCCUGGAAAUGGAAAUGAAGGGGAAGAUGAAGGAGAGAGUACAGAAGAAGAAGAACUAUACCACCCAUCCCUAGGUGUAUAUCUUGAUGGGACGGUGGGUGGGUCGCAUUAUAUUCGCCAUUUGCAUGAUUCUGUGGCUACACCUGUUCCUCCUCCACCUCCACCUCCUAUACCGUCAGAACCAGGAAAGAACACCAAUACACCCCAAUCUCAAACCCAGAAUCAACCUCAACCUCAACCCCAAGAAAAUUCCCGACCCAAACCGCCCAAACUCCCCUCCUCAGCAUCCGAAUCGACCAUCCGACCCACAAAAGCCAAGAGUCUAGUAUGGGCCUACCUACCACAUUUCCGAGAUGUGGUAGGGUUAAUAUUUACUGAUUUUGGAGAUGUGCUCGGGAUGCAUCUGCACCCUUUUCCACAUACACAUACACAUACACAUCAACAACACCAAAAAUGGCACCCCAAAGACCAAGCCAUCCUCCACCAAGCAUGGCUCAACUUCACCACAUUCCUCGCAUUCCUCGCUAGAGAAGGGGUAUUACAUUCCCCGAGUGACUCGGAUAAUUAUGAGUAUGGGUUUGAUGAAUAUGAUUGGGGAUUUGAUCAUCAUGAUAAUGGUCAUAAUAAUGAGGAUGGGGAUGAAAGCGACGGAGUUGGGUCCUGGAUCGAUGAUCUUGCGAUUUCGUGUCUUCGGAUACUUGAUAAUCUUCCACAUCAACAUGAUCAUCAUCAUCAUCACCAUGAUAAGAAUGAUACUCUACAAAACAAUACCAAGAUCCUCACAGCAACAACCUUCGCCCUUCUCUACGGUGAACAUCUCUGGCGGAGACGUGGGAUUCGCACUCCUUCCCCUCCUCAGCAAGAAAAACCACAAGAAGACAAGGAUACGGAGAAAGAGAAAGAGAAAGAGAAGGAUAAUUACAUAGUAGCAGGUCUCACCCUCGAUGAAUUCGAAUCCGGGUCUGUGUCUGCUUCUACGUCUACCUCUGCGGCGAAUUCUCCUUCUCCACCUUUGUCGGUUUCACCACAUCCACAGAAUAAUGAGGAUGAGGAUCCGGAUGGGAGUGAGGAUAGGGAUAAGGAUAAGGGGAGGUUUAUUGCCAGGAAGACCUGGGAAGGGUGGAUUCGGAGGUGUAAUGAACUUGCGGGGGAUGUUGGCCCCGGGAUCGGGAUCGGGAUGGGGUUGUGGGAUGGGACGAGGGAGGCGGCGUGGUUGGCGGGGGAGGUGUUGAGGAGGGUAUUUUCUAUUUCAUAG